AAAAACUUUUUUUUGAUAAUUGAAAAGGCUUCUUCUCUUUGGUCUAUCUAUCUUCAUCUCUCAGACAUUGAAAAAGAUAUGGAAUUGCUUUAUCUCCUCUGUUCGAUCCUCUACUCCUCACUCACUUCCUUCGUACUCUCUCUUCUCCUCCCAUUUCGCUUCCUUCUGCACCGUCUCUUCCCCUCACGCUUCCCCGUAGAUCCCAAUGUCUCUUUCUACCAAGGUACCGUUUGGCAUGACCGUCUCCGUCCUGUACGCCACUCGUUCCGUUACUCUGUUCGUUACGCUCUCUUCGACCUCGAUGAAGCUACUACCACUCCGUCGGAUCAUCUCUCCGCCGAUGAAGCUCGCCGUGUUUCUCUCACCACCGGGCCUAUCUAUCUGUUGACAAUACCACCAAGCGUUGGGUAUGAACAAAACCCAUUGAGUUUGUAUUACUGCUACGACUUGGAUGGAUCAAGUAAACGCUUGACUAAAUGCAUUGCUCAGGUUACAAAUACGCCAUGGGGGGAACGAGUGACAUUUGUAUUCGAACCUGAAUCUGACUUGGUUGCUAAAUCAUUACAAGUCAGUCCUUUCAUGGAUAUGCUUGGGAACUGGAAAAUUAGAGCUAAUGAACCUGGAGAGGAGUUAUCUGUCUCCAUUGAAUCGAAGCAUCCUCAUCUUGGUAACUAUUUCUCUGCGACAUUAAAGGCGAAAAGAAUACCGACAACACUAGUGUCUGAUCCUGCAGUUUUCUUCUGGUUGAUGCCUCAUAAGGUUGCGAUAUGGAUUUAUUGGCAUGCACUUAAACUGUGGUGGAAGAAUGUACCUUUUAUCCAACACCCGAGAUACACGAACCCAUCAUACAGAGAGGAAUCAGAGAAACGUGAUCAAGAACUUCCUUGCCGCGGGUUAGAUGGGUUAAAUGCGGACGCUUGUAGUAGUAGUAGUAGUUUUGGAGGAUGCCGCUUUGCGUGGCGAGAUGCUAAUUGGCCUUGGUCAUGAAUACAUACAUACAUUCUUUAAGGUACUUGAUAAAACACACCAUCCUUUUCAUUUGCCUAGUUUGUGUGUUUUCUCUUUUCUGGAAAUUUUCAAUACACUAAAUUCACACUAACCUUUUCUUCACACCUGAAAAAUGUCAACAAAUUAUGUUCUUUCACAUCCUGAAAUAUGAAAGAAAUUGUUUUUAGAAACCCUUUUUUUUGGUCUUCGCUCAAUGAGUAAGAUUUUUUCAGGUUUUUUUUUUUUUUUAUAUGUUUUGUUAGAGAUUGUUCAGUGGAAAUCACCAAAUUUCUCUUUUGAUUUAGGGGCUAGCAGAUCAUCAGAGACUGGAAUUUACGAUCAUUCAUGUAAUGCUAGGAUUGGUAUAUAUCAUUUGAAAAUCUCUCGUCUCAAGUUUGAGUUGACUUGUUUAGACUGGAUUUUUAAGACAAUUGAGAACCUUGUUGAUAGAUAGAAACUAAACGUUGCAUUAUUCAUUGAUUCGUUUGUGAUACUUCCCAUCUCCUAAAAUCCUAAUCUUUGUGUUUACAAUCUGAGAAAAUAAAUCUGCACUUUAAAGUA